GUUUGAUGUUGUUAUGAUCUACGAAGUGCGCAAUAAGGAAGUCAGUAACACGGGAAAUCAUUUGUAGACUACAGAAAUACUCAAACCGGACAGGAGGGACAUCAUGUCUGUGUCCAUGACCAAAAGCGAGGGGGUGACGGUGAUGACCAUGACCUCUGACCCUGAAAGCGCUUGUCCGCCGCUGUGUCAGAUCCUGAAGGCACUCUGCUACAGCCCGGUGUGCUGCAACGUGUCCCAGAAACUACGCUCAGUCCUGGGGACCUCCCACUCAGCUCUAGGGGCGAUGCAGGUGAUGGUGGGCCUGAUGAACAUCGGACUUGGACUCGUCCUCUGUCCCGACUGGACGUUCUCCUACCAGAUACGGCGCGCCAGUUACUUCCCCUUCUGGAUGGGCUCCCUGUUCAUCGUGUUUGGCUUCCUGUGCAUCCUGUCUGAGAAGUUUCCCAGUCUUUGUUUGGUGGUGUCCAGUGUGACUGCUCAACUGUCUGGAGUAGGGCUCUCCAUCACAGCCGUGGUGCUGUACUCCAUCAACCUGGCUUUGGUGCGCGUGGAUUGGCUCUGCAAUGAUUACCACUACAACUACUACCGUAGGGAGAGCACGGGUACCCCUAUCGACAACAGCUCAGAUAUGGAGAAAUGUCUUGAGGGCCUCAGCAUCAUCAAGGCGAUUCUACGCGGAGUCAACGGUCUACUGAUCAUUCUCUCAGUUCUCCAGCUCUGUCUUUCCAUCUCCUGCGUCGUCCUGGGAAUCAAAGCCAUAAAAAAGGGCUUCAAGAAGGAGAAAAAGAGUGAAGACAUCGAACACUACACACCUCUCCUGACUGAGAAGCCUGCCUACUGAGGCUGUGAGGCCAACGUUGGUACUGCAGCCAGGGGCAAUGCUACAUAAUAUGUUAUCAUCCUAUAUUAAAUACAGGUAACUAAUUAAAUACAGAGAGCAUGUCAAAGCUUUUAAUUCUAUAUGAAAUACAUAAGGGAUAAUGUAUACAACGAUGGUCAUUAUCGGGAAAAUAAGCACUGACAGGGCGAACAGGACACCGACGCGAAGCGGAGGUGUCUUGCUUCAGGGGUUUAUAGCUGAAGGGGCUUAUUUUCGAUAAUGACCAGCGACGUUCUAUACCUUAUCGCGCUUAUUAGGAGGCUACUUGCCAAAACCAAAAAAUAACUGCACACGGUGUGAAAAUAAAUUCAUGUACAAUACAUAUAUUUGUAUUUUAUGACAAUAUGAUAUGAUAAUGAUAAUAAAUUUGAAU